AUGUUCGACUGGGUCUACAAGAAAAGACUGAAGGAUGACCUGGAGGUCUGGGUCUCGAAAGGCUGGGUCAGUUCGUCCGGUGCCGCAGCCAUCCUGCGCGAACAGGAUCAGGAAGACGGGCGAUCCAGGUUGCCGAUGGCUUUGGCCGGUAUCGGCAUGGUCUGUGUUGCCUUGGCACUCUUUGCGUUUAUCGCAGCCAAUUGGGCCGCGAUCCCGAAAACGGUAAAACUGAUCGGUAUUGCCUGCCUCCUGCUUGCCAGUCACGGCGCCGCGGCAAAAGCAGCGGCGAAUGGGCGGAGAGGUAUCGCGGAUCUGCUGACAGGCUUUGCAACGCUGGUCUUCGUCGGAGGAAUGGCCCUGGUGGGGCAGAUUUUUCAUCUGCCCUCGGACUGGGCCGGUGGAGCGUUUCUUGUUUGCCUCGGAGGCUUGGCUGCAGCCUGGCUGACAGGAUCGAAAACCUCGAUUGUCAUAGCGGCGAUCGCUGCAAUCAUGUGGCAGUUCACACGCGCGGAGCUGGGUGAAGCUGUCCUGUUGCAGGAUCUCAUCGGCCUUUUGAUCCUGGCCGCUGUCUUCGCUCAUCCGCUUGUUCAUCCUGCGCGCCUGUCGCGCUGGCUUGCGAUCAGCCUUGUCUGGGUCACUUACGGCAGGUGGUUCGCGGAAUCCGCCGAGAUCCUGUCUGCGGACGACGGCUAUAUCCUUGCCAUGGCGCUCGCUGGGGCAGGAGGCCUGGCGGCGAUCAUGGUGCUGCUCGAUCCGGUCGCAGACCUGUUUGUCAAAUGGUCAAGCAACCUUCCAUCUCGUGGUCAUGGCUAUUGGCUCAUGGGAAGAUCCCUGCAAGAUGCAGGCUUUCUUGUUCUCUGCGCGCUCAUUGCUGCAGCACUUGUCCUGGUUCCAGAGAUUUCAAAGCGCGUCGCUGUGGCCGGCAUUUGGGAAAUCCCGGCGCUGUUGCCACUGCUGCUUGCUGUGUUUUUGCUCGUCUCGGGCUUUGUUCUUUCCUACAAGACAACAAAGGCUCAAUCACUGUUUGGUGCGAUCGGGCUCGCGGUUCUUGCUGUCCUGAUGCCGGUCUUUACGGCGAACAGCCUUGUGCUCGCUGCCAUCAGCAUGGGCUCGCUUGUGGGGCUCUGCGCCCUCGCCACAUGGUUCAACAACCGGUUCUGGAUGCUGUGUGCCUAUCUCGGGUUGACCGCAGUAGCGCUUUGGCUCCUGCAGGUUACAAUCGGAUCUCUCCUGGGCCAGUCGGUGUUUUUCCUCGUUGCAGGGGUCCUCUUGCUUGGUGUGGCAUUGUGGCUCGCACGUCUCUUCAGGAAAGGCAAAGAUGCUCCGGACGCCGGGCCUGAUCGCAAGGAGGCCCUGACAUGA